AUGGCGGACACGAAAGCUCUGCCUGUGUUUGCAUUUACGGACGAUCGAAUACAAUUACAACAAUUGCGUGCGUAUAUGAGAGAGCAUGGCUCCUCAAUGAAUGAAGAAGGACCUGCAGAUUUUAGUGAAAAUUUGGAAGAACUGGUUAAGUCAGUCGCUGUUUUGGGUAAUUUAGAAAGCGAGAAAGAAGUGGAAAUGAUUUUGAAUUCAAUAUCAUCGCUUAUUGUUGUACUUACACCGGAAGCAGCUGAGAAAAUAAUCAGUGAAUUUUGUCAGCAGCUAUCCUCAGAAAAUUUCAAAGGCACUGGCUGGAAUAGCAAUCAUCCACGAGUGCAAUAUGCUCUUUAUGUUGCUUUGGUAGCCUUGUGCGGGCGAGCACGAAUUAUUGGCGACUUAGAUACAAGUACUGAAAAAGUGAAUGAAUACAUUAGUCGUUGGUCAUUGGAUCAAAAGCAGCAACGUAGUCUUUUGCGGUUGAUUCAUUGGGCUCUUAUCCAUGAUGGAAGGGCUGAUCAGGCAGCUAAAACAAUGACUGCAUUACUGAGAACAUACACUGAUGCUGAUGCUGUAUCCGCUAUAGAAGAUGCUCGUGAAUGUGUAAGAACAGCAAUCGUAGAUCCGAAAUCGUUCAGUUUCGAUCAUCUGUUACGACUUUCUGCAGUACAGUUGCUAGAAAAAAAUGAUCCAUUGAUGCACGAAGUGUUAAAGCUGUUUUCUCAGGGUACUUUGAGAGAUUAUCAAGCUUUUGUUAUGAAACAUCCAACUUUUAUUAGUGAGAAGUUACAUGUUGAUGAUACAGUUUUGAUCAAGAAGAUGCGAUUAUUAACGCUGAUGGAUAUAGCCGAAAAAAAAACUGUCAUAUCACUUCAUGAUUUAUCGCUUGAAGUUGAUAUACCAGAGAAUGAAGAGCUUGAGGAAUUUAUAAUUGAAGCAAUUAGAAUAAAUGCAAUCAGCGGCAAGAUAAAUGAGUUAAAAAAAGAACUCAAUGUGACGUCGCUUCAACAUCGACGUUUUGGUCGUCCACAGUGGGAACUUCUUCGAAAACGGCUUAUUACAUUAAUCGGUAGCUUGAGUACAUCACAUGAAAAUAUCAAGAAUGUGUAUGCUAAUGGUGGCACUACAUAA